UGAAAUAUUGUAGACCAAAUCAGAUUUUAAUUCUGGCAUAAACAGCUAGCCAAAGACGCUAGAAGAAUCACAGCUAGCCAAAUCAACAGUCUGUGAAACCAAUGGGUAACAACACCAGUAACAAGCCUGGAGUGGAGGUGGCCGGAGGAGCUUAUUCUCCAACCUCAAGAGACGAGAACGUGUAUGACCAGUCCUUCCCCCCAGCCCCAGUGUCUAGAAGAUACUCUACAUCAUCACAGACUACCAGUACACCGUCAUUCACGGCUAGUACGGGUGGUUCGUCUCGUGUCAGUCCUCCCCUGCCACCCAGAAGUCUAGACAGAAGGUCCUACACUGUGGUGUCAAGACAUGAAUCUCCUCGCGUCCCUCAGUCUAUGAAUCGUCGUCAGUCCACUAGUGACAUGUCUCCGCUGUCCUCCUCGUCUGGCAACGAGUCUGAUGAACUCUCAGCCCAUGUCACCAGGAUCACCCCUGGCAACCAAGACACAGAUAUUUCACUGGACUCCAAAAUCACCAUAUUUUUUGAUCGUGAUGUGAAGACUGUCAAUAUUAACAAACUCUUUGAGGUGACGUGUAAUUCAGUGGACUCAUCUCUCAGUACUGUCAAGGGCAGGAUCAGUUACGAUGCUCGCCAACAGAGGGCGGAGUUCAUACCUCAGAACACCCUCUACCCUGGGUCAAAGUACAGUGUAGUCCUGGUAGGACGAGCAGUGACCACGGCCAGCUGCACACACAGUGCUAAUAUCAAGAAUGCAGAGUUCCGAUUUUCCACCUGCAGUCCAGGGCCAAAGCGCAUUGGCAUAAAGCUAAAGGGAUCACCAGAAGAGGACGACAUCCAGAUAGCCAACUACUACGAUCUGUUCAACUCCCUCAUUGUCUGGAGUACUAGGAAGUGGGGAUGUUCUGGAGAGUACAUCACUGGUAUGUACACGGAGAAUAAUGACGGUAAACUGCUUCCCCUGAAAACUGACCAUGAUGUAUUAAACUUAAAAGAGAGAGAAAUAGUUAUAGUAGAAAUAAAGGACUAGUAGCUAUUAGCACCAUAAUAUUAUUAUAGUCUUCGUUGUUAUGUUGUAAAUGGAAUUUUUUAUUUUGUGCAAAAUAAUAAUAUGUACAGUUGUUGUUUUA